UGUAAAUUCGCGGUUUUCAACAUUCUUCUAAAGCGCGUCGCAGCAAAAGCUAACACCUUUUUCUCAUUCCACUACCUCACAUGAACUCGAUGCACAAUCAACUGCGCAUUGUCUGCUAAUAGCUGCAGCAAUGGCAGAAUCACUAUCCGAUGACCGUUACCUACCUCCAUUAGAACCAUGUCUGAAGGGCGAGAAUGUUAUUCUAUCAUGGAAGAUUAUAGCUUCAGCAUUGACGGACCCUUCCGGUCAUCGACAGGGUAGUCGUGCCGUCCUCGACUAUCUCACCGAUCCUCUAGUCCAAUCUUUCUUCACCAAGCCUGGCUCUGCUUUCGAUCCCCCAGGCGACAAGAAUAUUCACCAUGCAAGCUUUGUUAAAAAGACAGCUGCUAUUCAAGUAACUCCUACCUCGAACGAGAAGUACGAUAUCAAUGUUAUCAAAGAAGAUGCACUUUGGUUAAGCAAGAAUGCUCGUAUAAACGAGAUCGCAGCUCUUCGAAUCGUUGUUAUCGAAUUCCAAUCGCGUCCUCGGAACCAACUCCUGGGUCCUAUUUCGAAUCAAGAUGUCGCAAACUUACGGGAGGCUGCUGGCGCUGCAAAUGCGCAAACAACUAACAUCCUCCCCGGUUUCAGUAUUGGAGGCACCUUCGACGCGGACGAAAUACAAGCAAACUUCGAGGAGCCAGAGAGUCGGAAGCAGCGCAUAUUUCAGACUUACCUUGACGAAUGCCGUUACUACGCCGCUACGAAUGACUACAUAUUCACCUUGAUGCUGCAGGAACACCUGCCUGCCUCUUCGACAACCGAUGCGUCGAGAAUGAUUCGGAAAUCCUAUCUAGAGGCGUAUGGCAUGUCUCCCAAGCAGCCGCAGAAAUCCCCCGGUGAUACGCCUACCAGAACCUUUCACGCGCUCGUGACCCAAUAUUUGAACCUAUUACCAGACUCUAUAUCGCGCUCCCAAGCUGGUAUCGACACGAUAGUAGAGGACAAGGGCCUCCUGACCGAAGAGCUCGCUGGACGAUGGCUUCAGACAUGGCUUACCGAAGCUCUUCAUCGAAUGGUUGUGGUCUUUGAGCUACUAGACUUGUCGAGCGAUGUUUUCGUAUCAGCUCCAGUGGCACAGCAAUGGUUUUCCCUAGUCAGUGAAUUUAGCUUCUUAGACCAGCUUCAAGCGUUGCCAGAUAACAUAUCUGAGUUGAUGGUUCCGUUACAAUGCCUCACAUGCGUCAUCUCCCUAUCUGUCCUGAAUCUGCCAAGGAUGAUGGCAUUCUUCGAGGGGGAGGUGGACUUGAACACAGAUGACGAAUACCUCGCGUCCUCGAGUGUCCUCGAAAUUAUCCAUGACGUCCUGGAUAAUGCGGUCAGCUUAGGUUCAUCGUACGCCAUCCCGGUAUUGUUCGCCUGGGUCCCGGUAGUGCACGCUAUGUUCUCGUCUUACCAAGAACGAGCUGAGAGGCGCGAUGCUAUCCAAAACGAGAAAGCGGUUGAAAACUACGAUUCAGCUACGCAGAUGAUUCCAACCGCAGGCAGAAGAAAUUCCGCCGGGAGCAUCACCACGAUUGAUAAGCGGAGAUACGACGAUUUUCUCAUCAAUAAGAACUUCGACCGUGACUUGAAACGAAUUGAAAUACUCGCAAAGCUGGUCAUAGAUAAAGGACACGCCUACGACGUCAUCACUGCAAUGUCAUCGUAUCUCGGUGCAUCUAACAGUGCCAUCUUUCCCACUUCGAUUGGUUCGCGUAUGAGAGUCGCGUUUCUAGACCUGCUCAAAGUCACCUAUCCUUUCGUAGGAUAUAAGGCGGAGCCGGUCUCUGCCCUGCUAGCAGUACUGUCUGGUGGUCAAGGCUACUGGGAUCUUGGACGACCUAAUAAUACUCCUGCGGAGCACGAUAUAUCUAACUUGGCUUUACACGACGAGACCAUUGUUGAAAGCUAUUUUCACCAGGCGCUGAACCGCUUUCCGUACGAAUUUAUGCCCUUUCUCAAAUUGUGCCGGACCCUUUACUGCUCCCCUCAUCUCACUGAAGAGAGUAACCAUGAACUCAUCCUUAGGCUACUACAGAAAACACCCACCCUCACGUUUGUAUUGCCGGAAUAUUUCAAUGAAUACCAUCUCACCGAUGAGGAAGACAAUUCCAAUGCUAUUCGCUUUUUUGAGGACUUUCCCCUUAUUUCACCAGUCCUAAACCGGAGACAAAUAGCGACGGAGGAAGAGCCGUUCAUCAUACCUGCGGGUACAUAUGGUCGUUUCAUUGUAGACGAAGGGAAGAUUGUGCAAGUGGGAUAUGAGCACUCCGCCCUGGCUUUACUUGGGAAGAGGUUAGAUGCCAAUCUCGCCGCGAAGAAGUAUAACGUGGCGCUCGGAGCACUCGCUAUAGACGAGGCUGCAGAGGCGAUAUCGCUGCUUGCAACAUUGAUACGCAUGGAAGGCCUUAGAACUGCUAGCUCAGAUGAAAAGGCUUCUGAGAUAUCAGAGACUGCGUUGGUUAUCGUGGGCGAAGCUAGCCGAGCAUUAUCACGAACAAAAGACAUCAUAUCGGUUGUUUGCGAUACCCUGGACAUUCUUCUAGAUGGUGACCCGGAUGACGAGGGCCUGGUCGCUCUUGUAGCCUGCCUGCAAUUUUUACACGCUGUCCUACCGAUCUGCCCGGGCAGAGUCUGGUCAUAUAUGUCGCGAUGUACCAUCCUUGGCAGUCAAGGCCAGGGAGGCCGACUGGCUAGGCUGGUCGGAAACCUUGACUUAUCGGGCGUUCGAUUUGAACUACUAGUAUCUUCUAUGCGCCUCUUUUCCAGUCUUGUUGACAGUGCUAUGAGCAGCUCGGUACGGCGGAAAACGAGCGUGAAGACAAAUACUCGGCAAAAACAGAGCUACGAUAUCUGGCUAGGUGUUUCGGACAAGAUAGUCUCCCAGAUCUCCCUGGCGAUUACCCGCGCAGCCAUGGACGUGCUAGAAAAUUCAUCCACGUGGAGGUUUUCGUCCCACCUGGAUCGAAUGGUUCUCGUCCGUGACGUGGUACCUAUAAUGGACAAGGUCAUCUCUUAUACAUUUAACAUGGACGAUAUAAAGGCGAAGUCGUUCUUAAUGUCAGCUCUCGAGCCAGCAGCCAAAUAUGUCAUUGAUAGUUUUUUGGCUCCGUCGGCCGGGAGUCUCCGUAUCCAACCGCUUCUCGUAACACUGGUGGCUGCAACACAGCCCUUUGGCUCUACAGUGUAUGCCAGCAAGACGGAGGUUUUUCGCGCCCAGACUGAGGCCGUGCUUGGGCUUACGAGAAGUCUAGUAAGAAUAGCAAACUAUUUUGAUCAGCCUUCGACCACAGUCGAGCACCAGUUAUUUAAGGUAACGCCAUUUGUCGCCCGUGUCUGCGCCUGUCACGACGCCUUCAAAGGACCAGCCAUUGAACUUCUAGAAGCAUUGGUGAUCAGCGCUGGCAAAAGCGCCGGAGAACCUCCUUCACUACUUGGAUACCUCGGUCCACAAACAUCUCGCUCAUUCCUUCAACUCCUAUCAACGCUGGACAGGCCCUUCAACCAAGCCCAGGAAGUUAACGCAGUAUGGAGAUUCUUUUCCACCAUUGUUCGAAACAGGCAACAAUGGAUGGCGAACUGUCUUCUCACUGGAAAAACUCCUCGUGAUGCUAAGAACGGCAAUAGUAAACCGACAGAAGCAUCGUCAAAUUCGGUUCUCGCAUCCGCUCUCGAACGGCUUGUGUCUAUAUCUACGAUUGAGGAGUCCGAGGCACUCUCGAUAUUAGAUUUCAUCACCUCGGCCCAAAACUUCUGGCCAUGGACCAUCUUCACAUUGCAGAAGAACACCAGCUUUUUAACCGAGCUUCGGAGCUUCGUCCGCGAGUUGAAACCUUCCUCCGUCACUUCUAAGGUCAAUGCAUUGCAAGCAUGUAACGACGCUCGUAUCGCUGCAUAUAUUGCCGAGAUUUUUGCUAUGCAGCUCUUCCAUCUUCGGCAAAUAGGACAAGCGAGCACAUUCGCGAGCGAACUGACACGGGAUUUGGAUUAUUAUCUACGAGAUGGCGUAGCGGUGUCUGGCUACAACAGAGGCCUACAUGUUAAUUUCGCUCGGAAUUUCAGCAACCAGUACGCCGGUUGUACCCUUGAUAACUUCAAGCGAACUUUGCUAGAACCCCGGUCUUUGGGAGUUAGUUUCUAUUAUGCCAUAGGCUUUGCGGACAGGAUGCUUGGAUUCGACCCAGGUUGGAUUGGCCCUCGUAACAACGGGUUUAGAAGCGAGAUGGAGAAGGCCAAUGUUAAUCUAUCAUUGGUCGAUGCUCAAAUCUCUCUUUACCACGCCUGGGAAUUUCUGCUGCUUGAAUUGAGUACCUGCUUGCCGAGUAAUGACACCUUAAAGAAGCAUUCUUUACAGGUUGCUCAGCAAUGCCUAGAGGCGAAUGAAGAUACACAGAGCCAUGAUCAGGUCUUCGAGCGGCUUGCCGAAUCGCGCGUCAAUCUGGCGCUGAUGCUAGUACAGAGAGUCGUCGAUAGCGCCCCAUCUCCUGGUGAUAUUGCUCAACUCUUGACAGCGAUAUGGGCGACGGUCAGUAGUGUUCAGGAUCCGUAUUCACCAGAGAAUAUCUCGCUCCACCGAACACUUCUGAAACUGCUUUACGUUACAUUGCGAGCCCAGGUCCGAGCACUGGCGAGUCUAGGAUCUGAUAAGCUUGGGAAUGGCCUGUCCGCCGCCACGGUCUCCCAGACCGUGUUGAGCAUACUUGAUCUCGUCGUUGCCAGAGGAUUCCGAACCCUAGUUUCCUUAGUCCACGAUUCACAGCCCUCCAUUUUGCCGGGCGACAUCGCUAUUAUCAACGCUAUCCUGCAAGCCUGCCUUUGCCUCCCAGGGAUGGACCAGAACCAGACGCAGGUCCUAAAUAUCCUGGCUACUCAUGAUGCCGUACAAGCUGCAGUGUCUCUAUACUCAUGGGCAGAUAAGUUGGCUGAUCAGGGCGAUCCCAUAUAUGGUGAAUUGUCGCUCCUUUUUCUACUGGAGCUGUCCACACUACCCCUAGUAGCGGAGCAACUGGCCUGUGACGGCCUGCUUAACCACAUCACGUCAGCUAACUUAGCGACUUACUUACGCCGGUCAAACGUGAAGCCCUUUGCCGACUCUGUUGGGCUCCAGCGCUGCUACAGCAUAUGGGCCAAAGGCAUAGUUCCUUUACUCCUAAACAUCCUGACGGCCUUAGGCACCACGAUCGCCCCGGAAGUCGCAUACGUGCUCAACGAAUUUCCAAAUCUCAUGCAAUCCAGCGUUGACCGAUUUGAACCGCCGGAUGAUGGUCGAAGGCGGGAUCGCAACGACCGCGAUUACAUAACACUUCUAUCGGUGUCCGAAAUACAUUCGCUGGCUCUCAUGACGCGCGUACUGGGAGCCUUACGCGCUAAUAAUGCGAGGGACGUCCCUGCUGUUGAAUGGGACUCUGCAGGAUUGGUGGAGAGUGUCGAGUUCUGGAUAGACCGUCGUAAGCUUCUGAGGGAGAGGCUGGUGACGCUGGGGCCGCGAGAGGCGGAAUGGAGGACCAUGCCGCCCUCUGACCGAAAUAAGACUAAGGGGUUGGAGAACAAGCUUGAGGAGAAGGUAAUCGAGCAGUUGGAACUUGUACGACUUGUGCUCAGCGAAGGUUUGGAAUGAGUACGGCUUAAGGAUAUAGAUGUGCAAUGCUAAUCAUCGGUCCGUAAAUAAUGACAUUCUCGCCGCAAUGGCGAAUCUACCCAUUGCGAGGGUCCCAACCCUAAAUGACCUAUCGUGUUUCGCGUGACAAUUUCUUUUGCGGCGAGAUAGGGUUAGGCAAUAGAAGGACGUACCCAUUAAAUUAUAAGGACGGUAGGGUCAUGGAAGAACGACCAUUUUCAUAUAAGAAGUUGAGAAAGAGAAUAUAUGUGGCCCAGUUUCGGGUUGAUGUCUCCCCCCUUUUUCUAACUCCUGGGGUCCACGUAGUCUCCUAUAGAGUCCUAUUGUUACAGCGAGGCUAUAUUUUGACUUUUAUAAUCCUAUGCCUAAUGGCAAU